AUGGCUGUUCUGCUGGAGACCACUUUGGGCGACGUCGUCAUCGACCUGUACACCGAGGAGCGGCCGCGCGCUUGCUUGAAUUUCCUGAAGUUGUGCAAAAUAAAAUAUUACAAUUAUUGCCUUAUUCACAAUGUCCAGAGGGAUUUUAUCAUACAGACUGGUGAUCCUACAGGGACUGGACGUGGAGGAGAAUCAGUUUUUGGUCAACUGUAUGGUGAUCAAGCAAGCUUUUUCGAGGCUGAAAAAGUGCCAAGAAUUAAGCACAAGAAGAAAGGCACUGUGUCCAUGGUGAACAAUGGCAGUGAUCAGCAUGGAUCUCAGUUUCUUAUUACAACAGGAGAGAAUCUGGAUUACCUCGAUGGCGUUCAUACAGUGUUUGGUGAGGUGACAGAAGGCAUGGACAUAAUUAAGAAAAUUAAUGAGACCUUUGUUGAUAAGGACUUUGUACCAUAUCAAGAUAUCAGGAUAAAUCAUACGGUGAUUUUAGAUGAUCCAUUUGAUGAUCCUCCUGAUUUAUUAAUUCCUGAUCGAUCACCAGAACCUACCAGAGAACAACUAGAUAGUGGUCGAAUUGGAGCAGAUGAAGAAAUUGAUGAUUUCAAAGGGAGAUCAGCUGAAGAAGUAGAAGAAAUAAAGGCUGAAAAAGAGGCCAAAACUCAAGCUAUUCUACUAGAAAUGGUGGGAGACCUACCUGAUGCAGAUAUUAAACCUCCAGAAAAUGUGCUGUUUGUUUGUAAAUUGAAUCCAGUGACCACAGAUGAAGAUCUGGAGAUAAUAUUCUCAAGAUUUGGGCCAAUAAGAAGUUGUGAAGUUAUCCGGGAUUGGAAGACUGGAGAAUCACUGUGUUAUGCUUUUAUUGAAUUUGAAAAAGAAGAAGAUUGUGAGAAAGCAUUCUUCAAAAUGGACAAUGUGCUUAUAGAUGACAGAAGAAUACAUGUGGACUUUAGCCAGUCUGUUGCAAAGGUUAAAUGGAAAGGAAAAGGUGGGAAAUACACCAAGAGUGAUUUCAAGGAGUAUGAAAAAGAACAGGAUAAACCAUCUAAUUUGGUUCUGAAAGAUAAAGUAAAGCCCAAACAGGACGCUAAAUAUGAACUUGUACUGGAUGAGCAGGCAGAAGACGUGAAGGCGAGUCACUCACACACAAGUAAGAAACACAAGAAGAAGACCCGCCACUGCUCUGAAGAAAAAGAAGAUGAGGACUACAUGCCAAUCAAAAGUACCAACCAGGAUAUCUACAGGGAAAUGGGCUUUGGUCACUAUGAAGAAGAAGAAAGUUGUUGGGAGAAGCAGAAGAGUGAAAAGAGGGACCGACCUCAGGACCGAAGUCGUAGCCGAUCUCGAGAAAGGGAUGGCCACUAUAGUAACAGUCACAAAUCCAAAUACCAGGCAGAUCCCUAUGAAAGAGAAAGGAGUAAAAAGAGAGACCGAAGCAGGAGUCCCAGGAAAUCCAAAGAUAAAGAAAAAUCCAAGUACAGAUGA